CGUCGGAUAGUUUUGAUGGUUGCGCUCGUCUGUCAGUGGUCAACAUGGCGUCCGGGUUGAUAGUAAACCGUGUUUCUCUGUCGUUAGGGAUUCACUGUCAGCGUGUCUGUAGGACUGUGUCACUAACUCAGGUGAGACAGAAGAAGAGAUGGAUGAGAGCCUUCACCUACCUGAUGGAGCGGAAGUUAAAGAUGGAAGGACCUCCGCCACCGAAACCACGUUCCCAGCAGCCUCACUGGGAUUAUCACGCCGAGGUUCAGGCUUUCAGCAGCCGCCUCCAUGAAAACUUCUCCCUGGAGCUCCUGAAAACUGCCUUCAUCAAUCCGUGCUACCUGCAGGCAGAGCAGAAGAGGAGACUGGCGUUAGGAGUGGAUUCAUCCGCCAUGGCUCUGGUUUUAAAGGACAACAUUCAGCUGAGUAACAAAGGAGCUGAUUUCACCAGAAACUUCCUGAAUGACUGGUGCAGGGCCAGCUUCCCCAGCCUGCCAACUGAGGGGGUGGAGAGCAUCGUAGCGCACCUCUCCAGUUCAGCAGUCAUCAGUCAUGUGGCGAGGAAUCUUGGUGUUGAAGACUUAACUAUGAGUGCACAGUUCCCUGUUCCUGAUGACGUGCUUUAUUCCACAUUCAUGGCGGUGAUUGGAGCUCUGCAGGAGGGCAGCGGUACAGAGCAGACUGGGUUUUUUCUAAGGGAUUUUGUGGUCACUCAGCUGAUCGGGAAGGACCUGUUUGACAUGUGGACGGUCAUCGACCCGAUGGGACUGCUGGUGGAGGAGCUGACAAAGAGGAGCAUUCCUCUGCCGGAGCCUCGGCUCAUCAGGUCUGCUGGAGCCAGCACCGUCCUGCCACUUUACUUUGUCGGCCUGUACAGUGAUCAAAAGCUCCUGGCUCAGGGUCCAGGAGAGACGGUUUUAGCAGCAGAGGAGGAAGCAGCUCGUGUGGCCCUGCGGAAACUCUUUGGCUACGCCGAGAAUCGCCGACCACUCGACUUCUCACCGCCGCAACAGCAUGAGAAACCCUUACUUCAGUCAGCUAUUAGCAAUUAAUGAAGUCCCAACGUUUCUGCUCUCUGUCAGGAUUGUAUAUGUUCAUAUAUGUAAUAAAAAAUCUAAGUAUCUAUACAAUGUAGUGUUUGUAUUGCUUCUGUUUCUUCCAUGCGUAUUUUUAACUUCAUGUCCCACAUUUAUACGUUGAGGUAUUUAAGUCACUGCAGAAGGAUCUGAUGUAGGAUUUUCAUUUAAAGCUUUAAAUAAAAAGUCUGACUUUUGAUCAGUUUCCUUCA